AUGGAACAUUCUCGAAACGUUUCAGCUUUAGUGGCAUCCUUGGAAAAGGCAUCAGGAUUGGAAUCUCGAGGGAGGGCAUACAAGAAGAUCUGUCAACUUGCUCAUAAAGAUGCAAAGGUGAACAGCUGGAAAUUUAACGAAUGGGAUUAUGGAAAAAAUAAUAUUACUCUCCCUUGUAAGGCAAGGGGCUUAUUUAUAUCAGAUGAUGAAGAGUGUCCAGUAAUUGUGGCUAGAGGUUAUGAUAAAUUUUUCAAUGUCGAUGAGGUCAGUUAUACCAGAUGGGAUUCGAUCGAAUCUAACACUGUAGGCCCAUAUGAGGUUACUGUGAAAGCAAAUGGAUGUAUUAUCUUUAUUUCUGGUUUAGAAGAUGGAAGUUUAGUGGUUUGUUCCAAACAUAUAACUGGGCCAAGAGAUGAUAUAGAUAGAAACCAUGCGGAAGCAGGAGAACGUGUUCUAUUGAAACAAUUAAAGCUAAAAGGAAUUAAUUCAAGGGAUCUAGGUUUAGAAUUAUACGAAGGGAAUUUAACAGCAGUUGCAGAGUAUUGUGAUGAUUCGUUCGAGGAACAUAUUUUAGAAUAUCCACUCGAUAAGGCUGGUCUUUAUUUACACGGCUUGAACUUGAAUGAACCCAAUUUUAAAACGUUACCCAUGCGUGCUGUUACUAUGUUUGGCACUAAGUAUGGAUUCAAGAAUAUAAAUGCAUUUAUAAAAGACGAUGUUGGGUCGCUGAAAGUAUUCUUGGAAGAUUGUGCUGUGAAUGGUUCCUUUAAUGGCGAAGAGAUCGAAGGAUUUGUUAUCAGAUGUAAGAGCAGGGACACAGGAGAUUCAUUUUUCUUCAAGUAUAAGUUCGAAGAACCAUAUUUGAUGUAUCGACAGUGGAGAGAGGUUACCAAGGACUACAUUACUAAUAAGUCAAGGGUUUUUAAAUUUAGAAAACAUAAACUUGUGACAAAUAAGUAUCUAGACUUUGUUAUCCCAAUCUUAGAUAACGACUCUCGAUUGUGUGAAGAAUAUAUGAGAGGGUUUGGGAUAAUUAAGCUUAGGAAUAUGUUUUUACAAUCUCUAGGGAUGUCUGGUAUGGAAAUUUUAAACCAUGAGAAGGUUAUGCAGUUGGAAUUGAAGAAUUCAAUAGAUUAUGAUAAAGUCGAUGAACAUACUAAAUUCUUAGUCUUUCCCAUUGCAGUGAUAGGCUGUGGUAAGACCACUACAUCCGUAGCAUUGACUUCUUUAUUUCCGGAUAGUUGGGGCCAUAUUCAAAACGAUGACAUUACUGGAAAAGACAAGUCGAAGUUAAUGAAAAAGUCCCUAGAGUUGCUAGCAGACCCAAACAUUAAAUGCGUUAUUGUAGAUAGAAAUAAUCAUCAAUUUAGAGAACGUAAGCAGUUAUUUGAAUGGUUGGAUGAAUUAAAAGAAGAUUAUCUACCUUAUGAUACUAAUAUCAAGGUGAUUGCACUUUCAUUUGCUUCCUACGAUGAUUUAGAUAAAUUGAAGACAUUGACAGUUGAUAGGGUAUUAGAACGAGGUGAUGCUCAUCAAACGAUAAAGGUGGAUCAAUAUGGUAAAGCCAAAGUGUUGGGUAUCAUGGGUGGAUUUUGGAAAAGAUUUCAGCCAAUUAUCGAGGAUAAAUCACCAGAUAACCGUUUCGAUCUAAUAAUUCAGUUGAAUUCUUUGCAAAAAGAUUCUUCGUUGAUGAACGUAAAGACUAUUCUUAAGAGAUUGCAUGAUGUUUAUCCUAUUUUAAUUCCUGAAAUUCCUAGUGAAGAAAGUAUAAAUAUAGCAUUUCAAAAAAGUCUACAGUAUAAGCCCAAGAUGAAGGAACGGAAAGUAACGAAUAAUGAAACGGUGUCUGGUACUCCUAAAAAGAAAGUGCGUCCUGCGUACUUUUCUGUUAAUAUAAAAGAUGGUACUCCAAUUAAAGAAUUGAUUUCUAAUGUUAUAGAAAAGCCAUCAAAUAUUUCAGAGGAUGCACAGACUAUUCUAAAGAAUCUAUUGCAGAAUGAUAACUUUCAAGAAUCGUUCCAUAUAACGCUUGCUCAUGUAAUGCAAGGUAAGAGAGGGGAUCCUGCAGAACAGGAACUUUGGAAAGCAUACUUAAAACAUUACAAGAAAAUCUUAAAAUCAUACAAUGACAAAGAGAUACCAAAACUAAUUGAAACUAAUGAUUUUGUAAGAUUCCAACCGAAAAUGAUAUGUUGGGACGAUAAAAUUGUCUCAAUUGUUAUUAAAUUCCCUAAUGAUGAAUGUGUAUCUGAUGAGAACGGGUUGUUGGUGACUAAAUUAAAAUGUGCCAAUAAGAUCCCACAUAUUACAGUUGCAAGAUUGCAAGAUAAUGUGAAGGCAGUCUAUUCGAAUACAAUAUGUAAGGAUGUUGUGGAGAAUAGAGAUGCAACAAAUAUAAAUCAUGUUGAACUAGUAGACUCUCCUAGUCUCACAGGAAAUGUAUGUAUUAAUUUAUAG